UUAGGUCAAAAUGUUAUCACAAAAUCAUUUUCAUCGUACAUGAUUCUACAAUUACACCUCUUGAAAUUUUUCUUAGCGUUCUUAAUAAAGUCAUCGUUAUCAAAUUCUAUAAUACAAUCUCAUCUCAUCUCAUCACCGAUUACCACAAAAACCCAAAUUGAACCGAACCCUAAUUCUAUUCACACCUGUACUCUGCUUUGGCUCACUUCUCUUUUCGUCUAACACUUGUCAAUUAAUAAUAGUAAUACCCAAACCUCUUCAUUAACACAUAAAAUUCUCUGUUACUUCUCUACUACAGUAUAUAUAUAUAUACACGCACACACAAAAGGAAUGGGUUCUAUGCUUAGUAGUUCACAGAAGAGUCAAGAAGAGAUAGAAAUGGCGUUGAAUAAAGCUAAGAACCUCGCUGCCUCUUCCCCUGUCUUUGUCUUCAGUAAGACUUAUUGUGGUUACUGCAAGCGGGUCAAGGAUUUAUUCAAACAGCUAGGAGCGUCCUACAAGGUCAUUGAAUUGGAUACAGAAAGUGAUGGGGGUGAAAUUCAAGCAGCUUUAGCUGAGUGGACAGGGCAAAGAACAGUGCCUAACGUGUUUAUUGGAGGCAAGCACAUUGGUGGUUGUGACUCUGUUUUGGAGAAACACCGUGCAGGUCAAUUGGUUCCACUUCUUAAUGAUGCUGGAGCAAUAGCCAAUAACUCUGCUCAGCUCUGAAGAUAUAGCCUCCGAAUAUUUCUAUCAUUACUAUUUGCUUUAUUUUCUGGCAUUACUUUGUAUGAAUAUAAAUCGUGAAACAAGUAUGUGAAAGAGGAUCAUCUUCUUGUGAGGUUAAACAAGUAUGUGAAAGAGGACCAUCUUCUUGUGAGGUUAUAAGAACCCUUAAUAUCAUUAGAUCACAGAUGCAUGAGCAUAUUGUUAAUGUUAAUAUAAAAUAAAGCGCUGGUUUUUUUAGAUGA